UCAAUCUCUAAGAUUCCAACUUCCAAGUACAGCGAAGAGAGGGCAUCUUUAUUAAUUAAGUCACUAGCUUGGCCUCACGGUACAUAGAGGCACCUCAGUCAGCUGAAGGCCGAGUGAUCGAGCUGGAGGUCGCAAUGAAGGGGAGCAAGGUCCACGAGCACGAGACCGACGUCCCCGCCUCCGACCUGUGGGCGAUCUACGGCACGCUCCGCGCCGCCGAGCUGUUGCCAGAGCUGCUCCCGCACGUCCUGGCCAAGGUCGAGGUCAUCAGCGGCGACGGCGGCGUCGGUACCAUCUUGCAGCUGACGUUCCCCCCUGGUAUUCCUGGCCUGGAGAGCUACAAGGAGAAGUUCACCAAGGUUGACAACGAGAACUACAUCAAGGAGGCGCAGGCGAUUGGUGGCGAUAUCCUGAAGCUGGGGUUCCUCUCCUACAUGGUACGGUUCGAGGUCAUCGCAAAGGGGCCAGACUUGUCGGUGAUACGAUCGACUGUCGAGUACGAGAUUGAUGACGCGCACCCGGAGCUUGAAGCGAUGGUGAGCACGGCGCCUUUGGCUGCGACCGCCGAGAAAUUCUCUGAGCAUGCCAAGGAGAAGAAGGUCAUCAUCACUCAGGCAGCCUCUUGAUUGGAAGAGCUCAAGAGCAAAGCUUAUCACGAAAGACAAAUGGACUACUACGAUUAAGGCGCGUGUUUCUAUUUUGCAUCCGAGUGUUGCUGUGAACGCGAAUUCAUCCGGAUCGGACAAAUCACAGAUGCUGCUUCCUUUAAUGGUUUCACCAGAUCCACUGUUUCUCAUAUAUAACUAUCGUAAGUACCGUAAAGGCAUAUGUGCCGUAGUCUGCAUGGACCAAGAGAUUCGCCACUAUGAAGCCUUAAUUGUACACUACAUGACUUGGAUUUAUUGGGCUUAAAGUACAAAUACGGAUUGUGAA